CGUACCAAUAGGAUAGCGCGGUGGCUGCUUUGUCCUGUGCUGCGUGGGAGCAUUUGAUAAAAGCGGCCAAGUGGGAGUGUCAAUUGGGGCGACCGACUGAUUGGUUUGUUGGCUGGCUGACCGAUUGGUUGACUGAUUCACUGCGUGGCUGUUUGCACGGUGGGUGGUGAAGCGCAAGUGUACGCACUGCCUGUAGGUUACGCCUCUCUUGCGCACGAUCCAGCCGCUUUUACGUGUACCGUAGGCUUUUUCCUUUUGGGAGCCUCUUAACGCCGCUUCUCCCCUGUUUAUCCCCCGCUAACCACCCCUUAUGCAAAAUGGCGCAGGAUAUCAAAAUCAUGAACCUGACCAAGUCCAGCCUGGAGGCCCUGAACAGAAACCAAAUGCUCUCCAAAAAGAGCAGUAGGAAAAUUCUGAAGAUAUGCAUGUACGCAAUUCUGACAUUUGCAAUGUGCGGUGUGGUGUUGAUAUGCCUCACUGCCAUGUCGAACAGUGAUGGGAGCCUUACCCAGAGUGGCAGCCAUAACCAGAGCGGCAGCCUGAAGGGUCUCUCUUCCACCCCUGGUGAUGGAGAAAUCCUCAACAAGGCUGAAAUAGAAACGCUGAGAUUUAUCUUUUCAAAUUACCCCCACGGGAAUAGAGAUCCAACUGGUGAUGAUGUGGAAAAACCAGCAGAUGCCGCCUUACCAAAUGAAGAGGAUCAAAAGGUAAAAAUUGCAGACGCGGGAAAGCACAUCAAAUUGAUGAAGCAGUACAACGAAAUUGUGGCGGACAUGAGUGAGGACAACAAAGAACAGCUAGCCAAAAUGUUGAGGGAACUUUUGAAAAAAAAAAUAAAUGAAAGGAAGAAGAAGAGAGAAGACCCAAAUGGUAAUAAUGAAGAAGGGAAAGAAGUUAUCAAUAUAAGUGUGCCAAGUUUUAAUUACAAACGAGUCAGCGCCAACCAAGAUGAUAGUGACGACGAGGAAGAGGUGAGUGUGGCGCAGAUAGAAGGCCUAUUCGUCAACCUGAAAUAUGCCUCGAAAUUUUUCAACUUCAUGAACAAGUAUAAAAGAAGCUAUAAAGACAUCAACGAGCAGAUGGAGAAAUAUAAAAACUUCAAAAUGAAUUAUCUCAAAAUUAAGAAGCAUAAUGAAACGAAUCAAAUGUACAAAAUGAAGGUAAACCAGUUUAGCGACUAUUCGAAGAAAGAUUUCGAGAGCUAUUUUAGAAAGUUGCUACCCAUCCCGGAUCACCUGAAGAAGAAAUAUGUAGUGCCGUUCAGUUCCAUGAAUAACGGAAAGGGCAAAAAUGUAGUGACUAGCAGCAGCGGCGCUAACCUUCUUGCCGACGUGCCAGAAAUUUUAGACUAUAGAGAAAAAGGAAUUGUGCAUGAACCCAAGGACCAAGGGCUAUGCGGCUCGUGCUGGGCCUUUGCCAGUGUAGGAAAUGUUGAAUGCAUGUACGCCAAGGAGCAUAACAAGACCAUUUUAACUUUGAGUGAGCAAGAAGUUGUAGAUUGUUCUAAGCUAAAUUUCGGAUGUGAUGGAGGACACCCAUUUUAUUCUUUCAUUUAUGCCAUCGAAAAUGGAAUUUGCAUGGGGGACGACUAUAAAUAUAAAGCGAUGGAUAAUUUAUUUUGCCUAAACUAUAGAUGUAAGAAUAAAGUUACUCUCUCCUCUGUUGGUGGGGUGAAAGAAAACGAAUUGAUACGUGCUCUAAAUGAAGUAGGUCCUGUGUCCGUCAAUGUCGGGGUAACGGACGAUUUCUCCUUUUACGGCGGAGGAAUAUUCAAUGGCACUUGCACAGAAGAAUUAAACCACUCCGUUCUUCUUGUUGGCUAUGGCCAAGUGCAGAGCAGCAAAAUAUUUCAAGAAAAGAACGCUUAUGAUGAUGCCUCUGGAGUUACGAAGAAGGGAGCGCUAUCAUACCCAUCAAAGGCCGAUGAUGGUAUUCAGUACUAUUGGAUUAUUAAAAAUUCGUGGAGCAAAUUUUGGGGAGAAAACGGAUUUAUGAGAAUUAGUCGAAAUAAGGAGGGAGAUAACGUGUUUUGCGGAAUCGGUGUCGAAGUUUUCUACCCCAUUUUGUAAGGCCACCCCCACACACCGUUCCAGUGUAGCGUGGAGACCCCGUCAGCAACCUCCGUACGCAAGAAGUGGCGUCCUUUUUGUUGGCGUAGCAGGGACGAGCUCCUUUUUUAUGGUAGACGAGGUGGUGAUGCUUUUCCGAACUGAAGCAUUUCCCAGCUCACCGCCUGUAUGGCCCAGUGAAAAUGCUGACCAAUGUACAAUGGCGAGGGACCCACCCCCUCUGUAUAUUCAAUUUUUUUUUUUUUCCGUUUUGUACCAUUCUAAGAUUUGAUUCCUAUACCAUAUGUAGUCCUUACCCUUUGAUGUUGUAACGUAUGUAACUUAACCAUUUUGUUAAAGUUUUUUUUUUUUUUUUUUUUGAACCUGCAAGAAUUAGCAACUUAUUACACCCCUUAAUAUGUAACUUUAAGGUUU